CCGCUGUUCCACUUGGAAGUUUGAGCCCUCCGCCGGCUGAACGCGCGCGGAGAGAAAAUGGGCGAGAACGGCGGCUUACUUUUGCUCGUAUCGCAACCUGGAAAUACUCAAGCGCCAGCCGCGGGUCCAGCGCGCCGAUCCAGGACUGGCAACUGCGUCUUCCGAAAUAUGCUAAAGCGUAGCUAUUUUGUACGCGUUGGAUUUGGGUGAGGAAACCCGCAAAAGGAGGCGAGGAGGAGCCGAAGCCGAGGUUAUGCUCAUGUGACCGCUGGCGGCACAGGGCUGGGGCUGCUAAGAAAUAUCUGCAACUGCUGCUGCUUUGCCCCGUUUUUUGAACUGGGUAACAGCGAGAGAGACGCAGGAUUCCCUCCUCUGAAGGAUGCGAAGCCGCUACGCACCAAACAGAUGAUGGCGAUACGAGAGCUGAAAGUGUGUCUGCUUGGAGAUACUGGAGUUGGCAAAUCAAGUAUAGUUUGUCGAUUUGUUCAGGAUCAUUUUGACCACAAUAUUAGCCCUACAAUUGGAGCUUCUUUUAUGACUAAAACAGUCCCUUGUGGGAAUGAACUUCAUAAAUUUCUGAUCUGGGACACAGCAGGUCAGGAGAGGUUUCAUUCUCUGGCGCCUAUGUACUAUCGUGGAUCAGCAGCAGCUGUUAUAGUUUAUGACAUAACCAAGCAGGAUUCAUUUCAUACACUGAAGAAGUGGGUAAAAGAACUAAAAGAACAUGGUCCUGAAAACAUUGUAAUGGCUAUCGCUGGAAACAAGUGUGACCUUUCUGAUACUAGGGAGGUACCUAUGAAAGAUGCCAAAGAAUAUGCAGAAUCUAUAGGUGCAAUUGUUGUUGAGACCAGUGCCAAAAAUGCAAUUAACAUUGAAGAACUCUUUCAGGCAAUCAGCCGGCAGAUUCCACCUUUAGAAACUCAUGAAAACGGCAACAGUGGAACAAUCAGACUUGGGAAGCAGACUGCUCAGACAACACGGAGAUGCUGUUAAACAGACCAGAGCUGAUUUGAUGCACUUGAAAAUAAAAUGACAUCAUUUAUUUAUUGAACAACAGACUUCAGAAAUCCAAUGACACAGCGUACUCUCUAAAAACAGUAAUAUCGCUGUUCUUUAUCAAUGGGAUAAGUAGGAGAAAAAUGUUCUUCAAAUGAGUUCUGCAGAAUUAUGUAGACAAUAAAUUUAAGCAGUAAAUUGGUUAAAACAAUGACUCAGAUUAUUUGGAAUAAUCUGUUUAAACCAAUGACUAUUUUAAGUAAGCAAUUAGUAC